ACAGCGGGGGCGCCCGGACUCGUUACCGCCGCUCCGGUUCACAUGGACAGGACUCCCCGGCGCGCACCAUGGACGCUGCCGUUUACGAGGUCAUCUUCGGGGAGCUGGCGGACCUGAACUGCAGCCUGCUGGACGCCGUUCAGCACUCCUUUAUGGAAAACGCCUCGGCGUCGCUGCUGAGCGCGGACGGCUUUUAUUGCAACGCCACCACGGAUGAGAUCGGGACGUGUUGGCCGCGCAGCAGCACCGGCCGGCUGGUGGAGAGACCGUGUCCGGAGUACAUCAACGGAGUCAAGUACAACACCAGCAGGAGCGCGUACAGGGAGUGCAUGGAGAACGGCACGUGGGCCCUGAGAAGCAACUAUUCCAACUGUGAACCCAUUCUGGAGGAGAAGAGAAAGUAUCCAGUUCAUUACAAGAUCGCUCUGAUCAUCAACUACCUGGGUCACUGCAUCUCUGUGGGAGCGCUGAUCGUGGCUUUCCUGCUCUUCCUCUGCCUAAGGAGCAUUCGAUGUCUUCGAAACAUCAUCCACUGGAAUCUGAUCACCACCUUCAUACUGAGGAAUGUGAUGUGGUUUUUGCUCCAGCUGAUCGAUCACAACAUCCACGAGAGUAACGAGCCGUGGUGCCGGUUCAUUACCACAGUCUACAACUACUUUGUGGUGACGAACUUCUUCUGGAUGUUUGUUGAGGGAUGCUACCUUCACACGGCCAUCGUGAUGACGUAUUCCACCGACAAGCUGAGGAAGUGGCUCUUCCUCUUCAUCGGAUGGUGUAUUCCCUGUCCCAUCAUCAUGGCCUGGGCCGUUGGAAAGCUCUACUAUGAGAAUGAGCAAUGUUGGUUUGGUAACGAACCAGGAAAAUACAUGGACUACAUUUACCAAGGACCAGUCAUCCUGGUGCUGCUGAUAAACUUUGUUUUCCUCUUUAACAUCGUCAGAAUCCUGAUGACUAAACUUCGAGCCUCCACCACGUCGGAAACCAUCCAGUACAGGAAGGCUGUGAAAGCCACGCUGGUCCUCCUCCCGCUGCUCGGGAUCACCUACAUGCUCUUCUUCGUGAAUCCAGGAGAAGACGACAUCUCCCAGAUCGUCUUCAUCUACUUCAACUCCUUCCUGCAGUCGUUCCAGGGCUUCUUCGUCUCGGUGUUUUACUGCUUUCUGAACGGAGAGGUGCGGUCAGCCGUGAGGAAGCGAUGGCACCGCUGGCAGGAUAACCACGCCCUCCGACUGCGAGUGACUCGAGCCAUGUCCAUCCCCACGUCCCCCACCAGAAUCAGCUUCCACAGCAUCAAACAGACCACGGCUCUGUGAGACGGCACAGACUGACCGGUACAGCCGGACACAGUCGGAG